AUGGAGACAUUUUCGUCGAGAGAGAGAGAAGAGGUGUGUCAUGAAUGGAGGUUCCUAUAUGGUCAUUGCUCUACUUAUGGAUUUGAUAUGAUCAACAAGGGAAGUACGGAGAAUAUAAUUGUAGGUUCUGAAGUUUGGGUUGAAGACCCUCAGUUGGCUUGGCUUGAUGGAAAGGUAUCAAAGAUUACAGGGCAGGAUGCGGAGAUCGAGACUUCAAACGGAAAGAAGGUCACUGCUAAAUUAUCAAAAAUAUAUCCGAAGGAUAUGGAAGCUCCUGCUGGUGGAGUUGAUGACAUGACAAAGCUUUCUUACUUGCAUGAGCCUGGAGUUCUGGAGAAUUUGAAAACGAGAUACGAACUGAAUGAGAUCUAUACGUAUACCGGAAAUAUUCUUAUUGCCAUUAAUCCAUUUCAAAGACUGCCUCAUCUCUAUGAUGGCCACAUGAUGCAACAAUACAAGGGAGCACCAUUUGGAGAGCUGAGUCCUCAUGUUUUUGCGGUUGCUGAUGUUGCAUACAGGGCAAUGAUCAAUGAAAGGAAAAGCAAUUCCAUUUUGGUCAGUGGUGAAAGUGGUGCAGGUAAAACUGAGACCACGAAAAUGCUUAUGAGGUACCUUGCAUUUUUAGGAGGUCGAGCUGCCACCGAAGGACGAACCGUUGAACAACAAGUUCUUGAAUCAAAUCCAGUACUUGAAGCGUUCGGGAAUGCUAAAACUGUUAGAAAUAACAACUCCAGCCGUUUUGGUAAAUUUGUUGAGAUCCAGUUUGACAAGCAUGGAAGAAUUUCUGGAGCUGCCAUCAGAACUUACCUUUUAGAGAGAUCUCGUGUUUGCCAAGUUUCAAGUCCUGAGCGCAACUACCACUGUUUUUACCUUCUUUGUGCCGCACCACAGGAGGAAGUAGAGAAGUACAAGUUGGGGAGCCCAAAAUCAUUCCACUAUCUUAACCAGACAAAUUGCUUUGAACUGGCUGGUGUAAGUGAUGCCCAUGACUAUCUUUCCACUAGAAGAGCUAUGGAUAUUGUUGGAAUAAGUGCGAAGGAGCAGGAAGCAAUUUUCAGAGUCGUUGCUGCAGUCCUUCAUAUUGGAAAUAUUGAUUUUUCCAAGGGAAAGGAAGUUGAUUCGUCCGUUCCUAAAGAUGACCAAGCUAAAUUCCAUCUCAAUACAACAGCAGAGCUACUAAUGUGUGAUCCUGUAGCCCUGGAAGAUGCAUUAUGUAAGCGUGUUAUGAUCACCCCUGAGGAGGUUAUCAAGAGAAGUCUUGAUCCUCAAAGUGCAGUGACUAGCAGGGAUGGUUUAGCUAAGACGAUUUAUUCUCGUUUAUUUGAUUGGAUAGUAGAUAAGAUUAAUAACUCCAUUGGACAAGAUCCUAACUCAAAAUCUCUGAUUGGAGUCCUUGACAUCUACGGUUUUGAAAGCUUUAAGACGAAUAGCUUUGAGCAAUUCUGCAUUAAUUUCACAAACGAGAAGUUGCAGCAGCAUUUCAACCAGCACGUCUUCAAAAUGGAACAAGAGGAAUACACAAAAGAGCAGAUUGAUUGGAGCUAUAUUGAGUUUGUCGAUAAUCAAGAUGUCUUGGAUCUUCUUGAAAAGAAACCAGGAGGUAUAAUAGCUCUCCUUGAUGAAGCUUGCAUGUUUCCAAAGUCAACGCAUGAAACAUUUUCAAAUAAGCUUUAUCAGACAUUUAAAGUUCACAAGCGUUUUAUCAAGCCAAAACUGUCUCGCACAGAUUUCACCAUCGCUCAUUAUGCUGGAGAGGUCCAGUAUCAAUCGGACCAUUUUUUGGACAAGAACAAAGACUAUGUGGUUCCUGAACAUCAAGAUUUGUUGAAUGGUUCCAAAUGUCCUUUCGUAGCAGGCCUGUUCCCUCGACUUCCAGAGGAGACAAGUAAAUCUUCAAAGUUCUCUUCAAUCGGUUCCCGUUUCAAGAUACAACUACAGCAACUAAUGGAUACAUUAAAUUCUACUGAACCUCACUACAUUAGAUGUGUAAAGCCAAACAAUCUACUAAAACCUGCUGUAUUUGAGAAUAUCAACAUCAUGCAGCAAUUGCGAUGCGGUGGUGUUUUAGAAGCAAUUCGAAUAAGUAUGGCUGGAUAUCCUACUCGCCGCCCUUUCUUUGAAUUCAUAAAUCGAUUUGGACUUCUUGCCCCAGAGGCUUUGGAAGGAAGCUAUGAUGAAAAGACUGUUUGCAAAAAGAUUUUGGAAAAGAAGGGGCUUAAAGGGUUCCAGAUAGGCAAAACAAAGGUUUUCUUGAGAGCUGGUCAGAUGGCUGAAUUGGAUGCAAGGAGAGCUGAGGUACUCAACAACGCAGCAAAAACCAUCCAGGGACGGAUACGGACGCAUUAUGCUCGCAAACAGUUUAUUGCAUUGCGGAAGGCUACCAUAGUGGUGCAAUCACUAUGGAGAGGAAGACUGGCUUGCAAAGUUUAUGAAAGAAUAAAGAGGGAGGCAGCUGCUAGAAAAAUUCAGAAGCAUAUAUGUAGAUAUGCAGCCAGAACAGCCUACAAGAAACUUCAUAUAUCUGCGCUUCUCUUGCAAACAGGUUUAAGGGCAAUGGUUGCUCGCAAGGAAUUCAGAUUUAGGAAGCGAACUAAAGCUGCAACCAUUAUUCAGGCCCGAUGGCACUGUCAUAAAGCUGCUUCCUACUAUAAGAGGCUUCAGAGAAGUGCAAUUGUCACACAAACAGGAUGGAGGUGUAGAGUUGCUAGGAGAGAGCUAAGGUUGCUCAAAAUGGCUGCAAGAGACACAGGUGCACUACGAGAAGCCAAAGAUAAGCUUGAAAAGCAUGUAGAGGAACUCACAUGGCGUUUGCAGCUGGAAAAACGUUUAAGGACCGAUUUGGAAGAAGCAAAAGCACAAGAAGUGGUGAAAUUUCAGAAUUCACUGGAAGAAAUGAAAAACAAAAUAGAAGAAGCCAAUGCAUUGAUAAUCAAGGAAAGGGAGGCUGCAAAGAAGGCUAUUGAUGACGCACCUCCUGUAAUUAAAGAAACUCAAGUACUUGUUGAAGAUACCAAGAAAAUUGAUUCUCUAACAGAAGAAGUAGAAAACCUAAAGACCACGUUAGAUUCUGAGAAACAAAGAGCUGAUGAUACUGAGAAGAAAUACAGUGAAGUAAAAGAGAUUAGUGAAGAAAGACGGAAGAAAUUGGAAGAAACAGAGAAGAAGGUUCAACAACUCCAGGAAUCCUUGCAAAGGCUAGAAGAGAAACUUACCAACUUAGAGUCAGAGAAUAAAGUCCUGCGGCAACAGGCUCUGUCAAUGACGCCCAACAAGUACCUCUCAGGACGCUCCAGAUCAAUUAUGCAGAGGGCUGAGAGUCACAUUCCAGUGGAUGCUGCAAGAGCAAGUUUGGAUAUGCAAAGCCCUUCAAUGAAUCACAGGGAGCCCUCUGAAGUAGAUGAUAAGCCACAAAAGUCAUUAAAUGAGAAACAACAGGAAAACCAGGAGUUGCUCAUUCGUUGUGUUGCACAACACUUGGGAUUUUCAGGGAACAGACCUAUCGCUGCUUGUAUCAUAUACAAGUGCCUUUUGCAGUGGAGAUCGUUUGAAGUUGAGAGAACCAGUGUGUUUGAUCGGAUCAUUCAGACCAUAGGCCAUGCAAUUGAGACCCAGGAUAACAAUGAUGUCUUGGCCUAUUGGCUAUCCAAUGCCUCAACACUCCUCUUACUGCUCCAACGUACAUUGAAAGCAAGUGGUGCAGCAGGAAUGGCUCCACAACGUCGACGAUCAUCAUCAGCUACUCUAUUUGGAAGAAUGACACAGAGUUUUCGUGGAGCUCCACAAGGAGUCAAUCUAUCCUUAAUCAAUGGGGGCAUUAAUGGUGGAGUGGACGCAUUGCGGCAAGUUGAAGCCAAGUAUCCAGCUUUGCUUUUCAAGCAGCAGCUUACAGCAUAUGUAGAAAAAAUUUAUGGAAUGAUUCGGGAUAAUCUAAAGAAAGAAAUCUCUCCUUUGCUUGGAUUGUGCAUCCAGGCACCAAGAACAUCCAGAGCAAGUUUAGUGAAGGGGGCACGUUCAGUUGCCAAUGCUGCCGCCCAGCAAGCCCUGAUUGCUCACUGGCAAGGAAUAGUGAAGAGCCUUGGAAGCUUCUUAAACACUUUGAAGUCAAAUCAUGUGCCGCCAUUUUUAGUUCGUAAGGUGUUCACUCAGAUAUUUUCCUUCAUCAACGUCCAACUAUUCAACAGCCUUUUAUUAAGAAGAGAAUGCUGUUCAUUUAGUAAUGGUGAAUAUGUUAAAGCUGGGUUGGCAGAAUUGGAACAUUGGUGCUACAAAGCAACGGAUGAGUAUGCGGGUUCAGCCUGGGAUGAGCUCAAGCAUAUUAGACAGGCUAUCGGGUUUCUGGUCAUUCAUCAAAAGCCAAAGAAAACAUUGGAUGAAAUAAGCCAUGACUUGUGCCCAGUUCUAAGUAUCCAGCAGCUAUACCGAAUCAGUACCAUGUACUGGGACGACAAGUAUGGCACACAUAGUGUGUCGACGGAUGUUAUAUCCAAUAUGAGGGUGUUGAUGACAGAAGAUUCAAAUAAUGCAGUUAGUAAUUCUUUCCUGCUGGAUGAUGAUUCAAGCAUUCCAUUUUCAGUGGAUGACUUAUCAAAGUCCAUGGAACAAAUUGACAUCGCUGACAUCGAACCACCACCUCUGAUUCGUGAAAACUCUGGCUUUAGUUUCUUGCUGCCACGCUGUGAUUAAAUAUGAUCACACUGCAGAAAUGGAUCGAGUUCUAUUCAUCAGUCUCCCUUACUGAAAGAUGUAAAUUCAAGCCACAAGCUCCUUAACUGUAGAUGCCCUCCUGAGAGGUUAUUCAUUUUGCGAGAUUUUCCAUUACGCUAGACAUUACUACGUCCUUUGAAAUUCUUUUCUAUAGGUAGUCCAUUGCUGCAAAAAGGGAUGUCAUUGCUCCCAUAUCAAUUUAGCAACGUUUCUCUGUUUAAUUUGUUGUACAACUAGUUGAUAUUUCUUACGAGGAAGAAAAAAUAAAAGCUUACAAGAAUUUUCUCUUGAAUAACAUUUGUCAAACCCUAAUCCUUGUUGCAGAAGCAAUACUCGAAGAAAUUAUGCUAAAUAUUAAAACUCGUGCGA